GGAAUGUUUCUUUUUUUUUUUUUCUUUUAAAUUUCCACCUGUGGCAGGAUUGAAGACCAGCCUACUAUAAGGAAUUAAACGAAAGCUGUGAUCGUUCAAGCGCUGCAACUUGGUUUGAAGUCCGAUUGAAGUUCGGGAGAAAGUGGAGCAUUAAUCAAGCAGUAAUAAGGAUCGAGACUUGAUUUUAUAACACUGAGACGCGAGUUCUUUUUCUCUAACCAUGAUCACUGGUACCGUGCGCUCCUCGCGGUGUGCGUAAGCUGCUGUGGAGAAUCUUCACAUUAUGAGACGCCAUGGCAUGGUGUGACCGAGGGGUUCAGACUUUACUGGCUAUUGUGGGGGCCUUCGCCGCCUUUAGCCUCAUGACCAUCGCCAUCGGCACCGACUAUUGGCUUUAUUCCCGGGCCUACAUUUGCAAUGCAACUAAUGUCACAACCGAUGAAACCCAGAUGCAAACCAAGAAAGUCAAAGGCGACCUGACGCACUCCGGGCUGUGGAGGAUUUGCUGCAUCGAAGGUAUCAACAAAGGAAGCUGUUUUCGGAUCAAUCAUUUUCCAGAGGAUAACGACUACGAUACAGACAGCUCAGAGUACAUCUUACGUAUAGUCCACGCAUCAAGCCUAUUUCCAAUUCUCAGCACCAUCCUUCUGAUGUUGGGUGGCUUGUGUGUUGGAAUUGGACGCAUCUACAGCAGCAAGAACAACAUCCUUCUCAGUGCAGGCAUCCUGUUUGUAGCUGCAGGCCUGAGCAACAUCAUUGGCAUCAUUGUCUACAUUUCCAGCAAUGCUGGAGAUCCAAGUGACAAGAAAGAUGAGGACAAGAAAAACCAGUACACCUAUGGCUGGUCAUUCUACUUCGGUGCCCUCUCCUUCAUUGUGGCAGAGUCAGUGGGUGUUCUUGCAGUCAACAUUUAUAUCGAGAAAAACAAAGAGACACGCUUCCGAUCCAAACGUGACUUCAUCAAAACCACCUCAUCCUCUUCACCAUACUCUCGCAUACCAAGUUACCGCUACAGGCGGAGGCGUUCGCGCUCCAGUUCCAGGUCAAGUGACCCAUCCCGUGAGCCCUCGCCAGUGGGAAUGAAGAUUGGUGGAGGGGGAGGAGGGUUGGGGUUAGAUUUGCCAGUGGGGGGUAUAUCCAUGUAUUCACUGACCAGGGACCCUUUGAAGGGUGGAAGUGGGACUGCAGGGCCUUACAGCCCCGAGCGGGACUCCGGGUUUUUACAAGUCCACAAAUGCUUCCAGAAAGAUGUGAAGGAUGGAGGAAACAGGAGAACCACGCCAGUAUGAGGUCAGGAGUGUGUUCAACAAUCAACUUGAUGGAACACAGUAGAUGUUUUACAGUUGAUGAGAAAGGGUAUUUUCUCUCCAGGACUAUUUUGGCAGCAGCAACAAUGAAGGAUCAAAGCUUAGAAUUCUUUUUCUCGCAUCCAUCUGUGACAGAAAAGUGCCAAUAUUGGAUUUGGUGAGGAAGUAAAAUAACCUUCUGUGACAACUUUAAUUGGUGGUUGUCACAAUUCUGCAGCAAUAUUUGAAGAGUUUGGUUUUAAAAUAUAUAAUACUUAAAAUCUGAAAAAGUAUAUUCAGUUCUUACAGAAAGUCUGAAAAGUGUGCUCGUCCUUGUAUUCUGUAAAGGUAGUCAUUUGUGACUUUGCCUUGUUAAAUAAUUAAACUUUAACAGAGUUUAUGCAAAAUAUAAGAAAGAAUCAUAAGAUUGAAUCUUUAGUUAUGUUUGUCUUCUAGGAAUUCCUCUUACUGAGACAAAAAUAAGUAUGACUCCAAAAUUGUUUGCUAAAGUGAUUUAUGUGAUUGUUUGUUAUCAGAGUAUAAUCGUAUUGUAUUUGUAUGUAACUUAACACAAAUGGUGCUAACUCAAUCUGUACACCUUUUAUGGUUUUAAGCCUUUUCAAAGCCCAUUUGAAUACUUUUAUUGUAUCUUAAUAACCUCUCUCGAUCAUGUAUGUGAGCAAUGUCAUAUUUGUGUUACAGUAUGUGUGUGUAUGAUAUGGAUCUCAAACACUGCCACAAUAUUACAUAAUCAUAUUAUGAAUAUGGAUUUUUGUAUAUAUACUGUAUAUUAAAAGUGACAAGGCACACAUUAAUGUCAGUACAUUCCAGUAUGCCACGUAGUGUAUCAGUGUUUAUAUGUACAGACUGACUAGUUUGUUCUUCAUUCGCUCAGGGAUGAUGUACGGAACAAAUGAAUUCUUACCUAAGCCAG